AUGCCCAACGAGCCUUCAAACAUCGCCAGCACGACCUCGACCGCCACAGUCGCCGAAGGAGGGAUCCCGACGCUGUUCCUCCGGGGCGAGGGCACCGCGGCAGAGCAAGAGGCAUUGAUUCGCGAGCACAGCGCGAGGCAGCAGGCGCAGGGGUCGGUGUCGAGGGUGCCGGAGGGGCUGCGGGCGGAUAGGGAGUACCGCGAACGGUUCGAGGGAGGAAACCCAGACGGAUGGCCCGUCGGACGCGGCGUGCCCGACUUUCAACCGCUCGACAGAAACCGCGACGCCGUCUCGCGCCCGCUCGGCGCCUCGACCGACCAGCGGAUCUUCGUCUCCCUGAUGAUGACGGGCGUAUUCGUCAUCGGCCAGGUGCACACGGUCUGGGCGAAGACGGUUGGGAGGCUGACGAGCGGGUUGUUCAAGUACCCCAUCGGAGGAAGCUUUUGA